AUGAGUGACACAAAACUGGAAGAAGAGCAAUCCGCAGCCCCUAAAUGCAUGCCCAACUACGACACCAGUGACCCACUUCAGCAAGAAGUCACACACGUACUGAGAAGCUUCAAGAAUGACAUUCUCGGCAUCACAUUUUUAGGCAACGAUGGCGUCUUGCGCUCACUGACUGCGGAUCGCAAAGUACUCUCUGCAGAAGGCCUCAGGCCUGAGCUCAUCGAAGCUUUUCUAAGUCGCUUCCCGGAAGAAUACAAGGCGAAAAUGACGGACCCCGUGUUCGCUGAUGGCACUAAGACACCGAAGGAGAUGUGGUACGAGCCAGACCCGGGGAGCCUGCCCGAGCCGUUGUCGCAGGAGGAGAUCCAAAAGGUCAAGAACCAGCCUGAAGAGCGGAAAAGCAUACUGCGAAAGCGGAUGCAAGAAAACGAAAACCUCUUGGAUGUGACUGGCGUGCUUGCUUGA